CCAAAGUUUCCAAAGUGCAAAAGAUGACUUGAAAAUUGAUUGAUUGUGCCACUUAGGUGACACUUUCUUGUACUAGUCAAUGGUAUCUCCUGCAAGACCCAGGACAUCCUAUCAACAAGUUUCUCAUCUUCAUGGUAUCUUUGGUUACUGUGGUCUCAGGUGUCUUCCCCUUUCCCUGUGAAUGUGAUCCAAAUCUGCCUCGUCUUAUUUCCUACUGGGCAAAAUGAGGAUGGGGCGUGUUCGACCUUCUCGUUGCCUAGUUUACUGUGUCUUCAUUGGCAUCUUUGCCAUCGGCAUUCUCACCUGCUACAGAUGGUACACCAUGGAGUACCUGAGUUAUGAUCAGGGGAUUCUGCAGUGGCAUAUGGAAUCUGCUAUCAUGCAAGAGAGGGAGAGGGAGGUGAAGCCACGAGAAGGAAUGCAGGCCUGCAAGCAUCCUGAUCUCCCUGUGCAUGACCCCACCAUCAUGAAAUUCUUCCAGACCAAUUUCACCAUCAGUUGUGAUCAAAAGGACCCAGAUUGGGUUGAGGUCAAAGGUCCUGUCAUCUCCAUUAGUGACAGUGCAGUUCGCAUCCAUGGUGACAUCACUUGCAAAGCCAAAGAAUUGCUACGUGUGACUGAUGACUUGAACAAGCUGGCAGAAGCAGUGGAGUUCAUGCAAUCCUACAAGCUGAUGCAGUCAGAUUUUGCUGAGAUCACCUGUCUGGCCAAGGAUGGCACCAAAUGGAAGAGCAUUGUGGCUGGGAUUCAGAAACAAGACAUAAAGAAGGAAAAGAUUGGCUGGCAGUAUGCUUCCAGUGAUGGCCUCCCACUGAAUGUCCUUAUCUGGGGAUAUGAUUCCCUGUCAAGAAAUACCUUCAUCCGCAAGUUACCCCUGGCAUAUAAGUACCUGACAGAAACUUUGGAGGCCAUCGUUCUCCAUGGGUACAACAUUGUUGGGGAUGGGACUCCCCAGGCUCUCACUCCCAUCCUUACUGGUCGGACAGAGCUGGAGCUGCCAGAUUGUAGGAAGCGUGUUGGAGAGAAAGCCCAUCAUGUAGAUGUCUACCCUAUGAUAUGGAAAGACUUCCGGCAGUAUGGGUAUGUCACUGUUUUGCUAAAUGCUUCUAAGGGGCUUUCCCCUCCGAACCUCCAAAUGGCCCUUCUGGGGGGGUACAUGACCACCAGAACCCCAGUGCACAUGAUGGACUCACUUCUCAUGCCUGCUGAAUUGGGAACAAGAACCAUGGUGCUUGCUGAAGCCAAGAAGCACUCAAAUCCAUACCUCUACCGUAAGAAAGGAGGCGGAAGUGAUAAUUCUAAGGGAGAUGUGCUCCAGACGUUGAUGUGCAUUCCAAAGCUUGGAGAGAGAAAAGCUGCAGAUUUGCUCAAGACAUUUGGAUCCUUGCCUGGCAUUGUCAGUGCAUCUCAGACAGAGUUAGCUCGAGUCAUUGGUCCAGCUCUUGCUGGAUCUGUCAAGACUUGGCUUAAUGGAUCUAAGAGUUGA